ACAAACAGAAAGAUUUUAUUUUUUUUGGAGUUUGAUGAUACGGAGACGGGGCUGUAUGUACUGGAAAUCAAAUUCUUAAUUUAUUGUAAAUGCAACGAUAAUGUGUUAUUUUUCGGAGAGAAACGAGAAGUUGAAAUACUUGAGGAGAGAGGUCUCGUAAUGUUCUCUCAGCACGUUAGUGCAACGAACGGCAUUACAAUAGAUUUCGAUAAGGUGGUAGAUCCAUGCCCUAUUAUAAGCUUCGAGGAAAACGGUUUGGAGUAUCUGUUCCUGAGGCAUUGCCUUCCUAUUGCCUAAAAAUGAAUAAUUCCACAGUUUUUAACAUAUGUGAUUCCCAAAGGAAAAACAGGCACGUCGUUGUAACCGACUCAAUUAAUGGUCUCCGUCAAAAAGCAUCUACCAUUUUUGGGAAACCCAUUAUAAAAAUCGUUCUGAAGGAAAAUGGCUGCCAACUAUCCGAUUUUGUUUCCAUAAACGCGUGUCAAAAGCAACUGAUAAUGAUGUUAUCCAUCGAUGAAGAUUGGCAUCCUCCAAAAAGUUCAGGAGUACCACCACAAUUUCCUAAAUCUCAGACGGAUGAUCAAAAUCCCAUGAUCGAGAUAGACCUGCAAAGUUCUUUAAAUGAGAUGGAUCUUAUAAGUCCCAUUUCUCAGAGAGAUCUACAUAGCCCUGUUACAAAUACGGAUAUCAUACAUUAUGUUGGCAACGAAUCUUCUCUCUUGGAUGGUGAUGAUUAUGGGGAUGAUUAUGGUGACUAUCAAAUACUAGAAUUAGGCACUGAUGAUAGUCAUCACGAUCACAGUGACCGGCAACAAUCCGGAACAAUGCAAAUAGAAGAAUGCCUACCAAGCACAUCUUCAUCGGAGCAAGGAAGUCUCUUACAAUCUAAUACCUCAUGUGAAUUGGUUAAAAGCAAUAAAAGGUCAGCCACAGAUAUGAAAUUCGAAUCUUUUCGUAUCAACUGGGACAAAAUAAGCGAUAAUUUACUUUUGCGCCUGGAAAAAAUGCAGUGUUAUGAAAACGAACACCCAGAUUGUCACAAUUUCCCAAUUGAUAUCGACUUCUCAAACUCGUUUAUGUGUGAACUUGCGAACCAAUUGGUGGAUCAAUUAGUAUUAAUUGAUUUGCACGUUCCUGCAUCAGUACAGGACUUUGUGGCUAAAGAAGUGUAUUCAAAAUAUCCAUGUCUUCACUUUCGUGAUGAUGAUGGGUUCAAAACACCCGAAGGACAUCAAGUUCUCAAAAGAAAAAUGAUUAACCGUGUGAGUUACAAAAAACGGUAUAGUGGAAACAAAACCGAACAGCUUCCGAAACGCCGAAAACAUCGAAUAGUGAGAAGCGGAACCAUUGAGAACUAUUGGCAGGAAAAGUCUUCAAGUUGUGAACCGCAAUUAUAUUCAUUGCUUCUACGCGAUGAGCCAAAUGUAACGGAUGAAUGGUUUCUUCAGAAGAGUCAACCAUUCGUUCGUUACAUUUUUAGUAAUGAAGAAAAUAUUGCGGAAAACCUAAAAAAAUUUCCAAUAAUUCGACGAAGGAAGAUGCUAAGUUUCCAUUUCGAAAAAUGCACUGGUAUUGCCUUGGAUACCCUGGGUAAAUAUUACUCAGAAAAAAAACACAAAAUUAUCGAUUACUCGUUGCGAAAUAAAAAAAAAAAUCUAAAUGCAAAUUCUACGGAUUUCGAAAUAUUUGAAUAUCUUGCUGCUUUAGUAGAUGAAGAUUUCAAAGAUCUGAUGUCCUAUCAGAAGCUCGGAACCUGCAUUGAAGAAAUACGCUUGGAUGGUCCAGAUCCAAUGCUUGCGCACGUAGAUCUUGGUAACAACUCAUCUAUCUACUACGUUUUCGCUGAAGAGUUGAGGCUGAGUGAAGGCACUGACGAUAUUGUUACAGCAGUAUCAGAUCUUAUGGCUGUACAUUUUGUACAUAACUUUGUUUACCGAAAGCAAUGUUCCAAGUUCCUAGAGCUUAUACAACAAUAUUUAUUAAAAAUAUACACGAAAAAAGGAGGCAAAUCACAAGCCGUCCGCAAAGGCACAAUACAAUGCAAAGUUGCGAAAGUCAUCGAAUCAAUUUCUCGCCAUGUGAUUAGUAAAUCUGCUUUAUCAAUUUAAUGGUUUUCUUUUAAUUAGUUAUUUUUAUUUUAUUUAUCAACGUUUCAUAAAAGUAAUAUUUUAAAAUCAUUAUUAACCAUAGAACCGUUAUCUUUGUUUGAUCAUUGAUGCAUUGCGCAAAGUAUAUGUGUUUUUGAAAAUUUGUCAAAAUAAAUCUCCUUUAAUUCUUAAACUUUUAUUCCCAGAUUAUUGUUGUACAUAUGUAUGUUCCGAGAAAAAUAAUCAUUUUUUUCGUUAUUAUAUUCUCUUCAAUAUUUGGUUUACGGGUUUUUUUUCUUAUUUCGUUUUAGUCUGCAUGGUUACGCAAAAAAUAGCAUGGAAAGACGUUAGUAUGAGUUGAAAUUACAUAAUGACGGAGACAGAAUUUAAGCAGCCGGUGAUUUUUCCAAUAAGCAUUCUACCAUUACGCGAUUGCAAUGAUAUAUCACGUGGCCAAAGAAAGUCCAAGAAGAUUGAGUUCGAUUUAUUGCCCCGUGAGGUACUUUUAAAAUGUUUUUCGGGAGCAGCCGCCCAUGAAUGAAGAGCAGGAAUAACCAGUCGGCGAGGUGACCAACGGCUAUGUACGAGCGCAAUCGAUGUGCUGAUAGUAGUGCCUACACAACAUUAGGCCCAACUGUUGAUGAAGACCCUUUCUUUAAACAAUAUACCGAGCCGAGUAUGCCAAGUCCGAUGAAGGAAUCACCAGGGUCAACGGAAGCUCAAGAAGAGGAGGAUAGAGGAGAUAAAAUCAAGAAGCAGUUACUGGAAGCACGAGAAACACUCUCUUGAUGUGGAUCCCUGCAUUUGCAUGAUUAUUCGAUUCCACUAAUCCCACAAUACAUUAUCGUGAAUCGCGU